AUGAAGCGUUUCUUCACUUCGGCGGUGGCUAUGGCGGCGGCUGUUGCUGCUAUCCCCGUCGGCCGACCACUUAUUAAACGAGAGCCAGUCACUACCAUUACGCUGACUGCGGCUUCUACUUACACCCAAGUUGUCGCUCCAGCCACUCCGAUACCUAUUAUUCCAACUGGAACGGCGACCUUUCCAGGAACCCCCGUGCCUGUGCCUGGCGAUCAAAAACCGCCCAAGGGUAGUAGAUCUAAACUGCCAUGUGUCACUUGCAGCCCAAGCGGUUCUUCUGGCUCUGGGAGCUCUGGCAGUCCCGGAGGUUCAAGCGGCUCUAAACUCCCCGGCAUUUCUUACGCUCCAUACCGUGGUGACCACCAGUGCAAGAGCGGAGAUGAGAUAAAGCAAGACAUUUCUGACCUUGCGGGCUCUUACUCUCUCCUCCGUAUUUAUGGCACCGAGUGCGACCAGGUUUCCAAGAUCUAUCCAUGUGCCAAAGCCAACGGCAUGAAGCUGUUCCUUGGUAUUUGGGACAUCAACGACGUCCAAAGUGAAGCCAAGUUGAUCAUCGAUGCUAUCGGUGACGAUUGGGACAUCGUGGACACCAUCAGCGUCGGAAACGAGCUCGUCAACAAUGGCGUUGCCACCCCUGCACAGGUCCUUGCCGCAGUCGACGAAGCUCGUGCGAUCCUGAAAGCCGCUGGGUAUAAUGGCCCUGUCUUGACUGUCGAUACGUUUGUGGCUGUCCAGGAGCACCCAGAACUUUGCGAGAAGAGCGAGUAUUGUGCAAUCAACGCCCAUGCCUUCUUUGACCCUCACACUUCUGCAGAUGGUGCUGGCAAGUGGCUCUCUGACACCGUCCAAGUCGUCAAGUCGAAGCUAUCCAGUGACAAGCGCGUUGUGGUGUGCGAGACUGGCUGGCCCACAAAGGGUGAUAGCAAUGGUAAUGCUGUUCCUGGAUUAACUCAACAGGGUUCAGCUCUCAGGGCCAUCAGAGAAGCAUUUUCCAAUCACCCUGAUGACCUUAUCCUUUUCUCUGCUUUCAACGAUCACUGGAAGAAGCCAGAACCAGCAACCUUCCACGCUGAGCAGUUUUGGGGCAUCGACGGCAAGGACUCAGCUUCUGAGUAG